UCGCUUGUUUAAGAGGACCUACACAUAUCAAGGGCCUCCUUUCACUGAGGCCCUCGGACAAUAUUUCUUAUUUCCCAUCUGGCAGGACAAUCCCGCCCCCUGUCACCUCAUAGCUCUAUAUAAGACCGAAAAAGGGCCAGAUGAUAAGAACUCGCUCUCAAGACAAGCCUUGCCAUGCGGUGUAAAGUCCUCGUCCAUGUCGUCCUCCUGACUCUCAUAAAGAAUGUGUCUCCAAGUGAAAUACAGGCCAGCCCAAAUACAAACGCAAUCCUCCCCUGCAACGUGACGUUCCCCCUCUCUGCAACAGGGGACAAAAUAGAGAAGUCUCUCAUCCAAGUCAGCUGGAUAAGUAAUGGCUCUGACAUCGCCUCAUUCAGAGAGGGUGUGCCACAGAUAAAGCCAGGCUUCAGUUGGGACACCACUGAUUUCGUCAACGGGGACUUUUCACUGACCGUCCUCAGAGCCGCUCUCGACCUGCAGGGGGUGUAUGAAUGCACAGUCAGCUACAACUCCACAGCCGUGCACUCCAGCAACGUUACAUUUAGUAUCCUCGCCUCCCCCACUCUCUCUGUCCCUCAGCAGUGGAUGGUGUUAGAAACAGAGAGUCAUCUCAAAUGCCAUGCAGAUGCUUUCUAUCCUCCUCCUGUCUUCUUCUCCUGGACCAGAGAUGGGCAAGUGAUUCAACCUCCCUACAUCGUUGAAGGUGAACAGACUCCAGAUGGGUACUACAUGGCUGUGGGCAACCUGACCUUCUACCCUUCACGCGAGGACCAGAAUGCAACCUUUGGCUGCAAAGUGUCACACAAUGGCAGUGACCGCAAGCUUGAUUUCAUGCUUAAUAUCACCUAUCUCCCUUCUGUGAGACUUUCUGUCGUUCCCUCGCACUCCAACAACAUUCCUCUCACUCUUUACUGUGACAUGGAGAAUUUCUACCCAGAGGAAGUGUCUGUGUCCUGGCUUCAAAAUGGCACAGUCCUCCCUGAGCCCCUCGCCACCGAGCAGAACCCAGAUGGGACCUAUAGAAGUAGACGCUACUAUACUUUGAGUCCCGAGCAGAGGGAGCAAGGUGGGAAGGUGGAGUGUGCAGUUAACCAACCGGGGGUAAUGCAUCCAGUCAGCGGCUCAGCGUACCUAGAGAAACUGGACCCUCGAGAUGAAGCUCCAGUGUUGACUAAAUCAGCCAAAGCAUCCGUGGCCAUGAUGUGUAUUUCUAUUGUACUGGUCUUCCUGCUCUGCUUUGGCUUUUCUUGGAGGAGAAGAGAUGAGAAACAGAAGUCCCUGAAUGUGUCGGGGAUCAUCCUCCCGCCACGCGUGAUCGUAGGUCAAAAGGGCAGGGUGACAGUGAGCAUUGAGGGCAGGAGGGUGGACCGAGUCCAGACUGCAUGGUUCCUCAAUGACACUCCUAUCUCUGACACUUCACUCACAGUGUCGGAGAAAGGCCCUCUGCUGUCCUCCAGAGGCCAGAUGGGUUACUACAAGCUGCACACUCAGGGGCCGUUGCAUUCAUCUGGAAGUGGCAUUCAACAGCUGACCUCCUCCCUCACCUUCAUCCCCCAGAUUUCAACCCACAAGGGGGCGGUGUUUAAGUGUCAGGUGUCCUACGUGGGCAAAGAUAAGAUCGUGGUGGAGAGAGUCUCAGAGAAGUUCACCAUCCUGUCUGCUCCAGAGGUAUCAGAAAUCCAGCUUGCAGAGACACCAAGUGACUCAGAUGUCAUCAGCAUGACCGUCCGGGCGUCACAUUUCCAUCCGGACGUCAUUACCUUCCGCUGGUUCUGCCAGGGGAGCGAGCUGAGCCCUGUGGCCUCCCAGGCCUCGUCCUCGCCUCGACCCAACUCUGAAGGCUUCUUCUCAGCCUUCAGCCAGUGUAAGCUGCCCCGCAGUGAACUGGAGAAGGGUGGCACUAAAGUGUGGGUCAGUGUUCACCACAUCGCCCUGAAGCAGCCCGUCACCCGCGAGACCAGAGGAUUCAUCAAGAGGCCGUGUGUGUCCGAAAUCGUCGGCUCCACUUCCUCCCCAGACCAGACUUUGACCCUUGGAUGUGAGAUCACAGAUUUCUACCCUCCGAAUGUGUCAGUCACCUGGCUGAGGCUGAGGGAGGGAGAGCAGGAUGACAGAGAGGAGGAGGUGUUAGAGGGAGGAGAGAUGUGGGGCCCCAUACAGACUCAGCCCGGACUCUACAGGGCCACGGCCAUUCUGAGGAGAAAGGCAGUGAAUCAGGAGAAAAAGGAGAGAGGAGGGAUUAUCUGUAGAGUGGAGCACUGUUCCCUACAUGAGCCUAUGGAGAAACACUGGAGAUAUGUUGACAUCGCUGCUCCGUCCAUUCCUCCAUCGCUCUCUGUCUGUUGGAGCAGUGAAGGCGUUGGUGUGUUCUCCGUCCUGUUGAAGGGAGGUCACCCUAAGGUCAAAUUACUCUGGGCAGCAGGAGGACACACUCUCUCACCACUGGUGUCCAACGAGACAGAGGAGAUAGGAGACGAUGGGCAGAGGGAGCUGAAAAGUGUGUGUGCCUUGGAGAGAUCCACAAACCUGCCACAUCAGACUAAUAAGCAGCUGGAGAGACGGAAGAAUGGACACGCCAUAAAAACAAAAGAAGCCGUCACAGACCCCCACACUGAAGGCAUCGAAUACAUUGACGAACACGUGGACGGGGAGAAUAACAACAUUGACAGGGACGAGGAGACAAAGUCAGACUUGGAUGAAGACAGUGACAAAGAAAGAGACGAAGACCCGGGAGCGCUGCACAUCAACAGAGUGAACUUGAGGAAGGGCCCCAGAGAGAACGAGAGAGCACGUUUGAGAGUGUGCGUGGAGAUCACACACCCCGCGCUCAAGCUUCCUGUUUAUCGGACCUGGACAGUGUUUGUCACAUCCAGAGGAAUAAUGUCAGAUGGUCAGAGGGACAACACGGAGGAAGGUUUGAGGAUGGACGAAGACAGUCCCAUGAUCGGCAGGGUGGAGAGGACUUUUUGGACAGUUUGGUCCUACAUAACCGGAGCUGUGAACAGAUUCUUCAGGCCAGAGCCCACUAACAUCACCGGCAAUGAUCCAAACUCCAUCCAGGAUUCAGCAGUUGACAGUGAGCCCGCUAACUGUGGCCACGCAGAGGGGGACACCAGUGGAGGAGGGGUGGAUGAGGAACAGCCUGUUGCGACAGCCGCUCUGCUUAGCUCAUCUCGGCCACUUGUGGCCUGGGAGAUUUGCACCACAGAGAUCAACUUAGGGCCUGAUGAAGAAAGCGUGCUGUGCGAAACCCAGCUGGGCAGAGGCAGCGAGAGCGAAGCAUCUCAGGAAGGUGAGGGCACCAGAGAGGAACAGUCGGGCCGAGCAGGAAAUGAUGAUGCAGGGGUGCUCUUUGCUCAAAACGACAAACGAGAAGAAAACGGAGAUGAGAAAUUGCACACUCGCAGACAAGAUGUGAUGCCAGAGAACGGUGAGACAGAAGAGCAUGCCAACAUCAGGUCACUAAAAACUACAGGUGAUGCAGUGAGCGAAGACAUGGAGGAAAGUAGAGGAGGUGCUGAGGACACUGAGAGGGCGGUGACACUGGAUGAAACCAUCCAAGUAAAGGAAGCAGAGGAUAAAAUGCAGCAUGAGGAUGAACAAGAUUUGCAGGCGGAAGACAGUGAGGUAAAACUGUGUCUGACUGCAGAUUUGACCGCAGUAGAAGAGGAUAACAUGCACGUGGAAGAGUCGAAGAUGCAGCGGAACGAGGCAGAUACAGCGGUGAUGCAUGAGGAAGUAGGAAACACUGAUGGUGUGCCACAGCUGGCUUCUGAGAGUGAGUCCGAUGAGGGAGCGAGACAAGUUGAGCAUCAGCUCUCAGCCUGUGAAGAGUCCUCAGAAGACCACAGAGAUUUCAAGGAGGACCCAGGCUUUAGUCCACUGCUUGUUGAAUUACAAAUGACCUACGACAAAAGCAGCAUUGUGUCUGAGGAUGAGCUAACUGCUGUCGAGCAACAGCAUGUGAUGGCUCGAAGAAGUGAAAGUGAUGAAGUUGAGGAUACGAAAGAGGAGACGGAUGGUAGCGCCUUGGAUGUGAGUGAGGCUGCAAACAACCAGACAAUGGAUGAAGCUCCAGAGCAGGAAGACGACAUUAAAACACUUGCUGGAGUCAUCGUAUCUGAACAUGUUACAUAUAGGGAAGAAGCCAUGCAGCGUUCACCAGAACAAGAAGACGACAUCAAAACAGUUACAGAAGACAUUUUAACUGAACAUGUUACAUGUAGCGAAGAAGUCAUGCAGAAUGCUCCACAAAUGGAGGAAGAAAUCAAAACAGUUACAGAGGAUAUCAUCACUGAACAUGUUAUGAGCAGCGGUGGAUUUAUGCAGAAUGCUCUAGAGCGGGACGACGACAUUGAAACAGUUACAGAUGAUACUUUAACUGAACAUGUUACACGCAGCGAAGAAUUUGUGCAAUAUUUACUGGAGCAGGAAGACGACAGUUUAACUGAACAUGUUACAGGCAGCGGAGAAUUCGUGCAGAAUGCUCCGGAGCUAGAAGAAGAAAUCAAAACAGUUACAGAAGAUAUCAUCACUGAACUUCUUAUAAGCAGCUGCGAAUUUGUGCAGAAUACUCUAGAGCAGGAAGACAACAUCGAAACAGUUACAGAGGACAUUUUAACUGAACAUGUUACAUGCAGCGAAGAAGUCACCCAAAACGCUCCUGAGCAGGAAGACGACAUUUUAACUGAACAUGUUACAUGUAAUGAAGAAGUCACCCAAAAUGCUCCUGAGCAGGAAGAUCACAUUUUAUCUGAACAUGUUACAUGCAGCGAAGAAGUCAUGCAGAAUUUCCCGGAGCAGGACGAUGACAUCAAAACAGAUACUGAAGACGACAUUUUAACUGAACAUGUUACACGCAGUGUAGAAGCCAUGCAGAAUGCUCCAACGCAGGAAGACGAAACCAAAACACUGACAGAAGAUAUUUUAACUGAACAUGUUACAUGUAGUGAAGAAGUCAUGCAGAAUUUCCCGGAGCAGGAUGACGACAUCAAAACAGAUACUGAAGACGACAUUUUAACUGAACAUGUUACAUGUAGCGACGAAUUUGUGCAGAAUGCUCCCGAGCAAGAAGAUGCCAUUGAAACACUUACAGAAGAUACUUUAACUGAACAUGUUACAUAUGGCGAAGAAGUCAUGCAGCAUUCACUGGAGCAGGAAGACGACAUAAAAGCAGUUACAGAAGAUAUUAUCAUUGAACAUGUUACAUGCAGCGAAGAGUUCGUGCAGCAUGCUCCAGAGCAGGAAGACGACAUUAUAACUGAACAUGUUACACACAGCGACGAAAUCAUGCAGAACACUCCCGAGCAGGAAGAUGACAUUUUAACUGAACAUGUUAUAUGUAGUGAAGAAGUCACGCAUCAUUCACCAGAGCAGGAAGACGACAUCGAAACACUUACAGCAGAUGUUUUAACUGAACGUGUUACAUGCAGCGAUGACAUCAUGCAGAAUGCUCCAGAGCAGGAAGACGACAUCAAAGCAGUUACAGAAGAUGACAUUUUAACUGAGCAUGUUACACACAGUGAAGAAUUCAUACAGAAUGCUGAGUCAGAGCUGCACACAGCUGACUUUGCAGAUGUAGAACAAGAGGAUGUGGCUGAAGACACUGAAGUGCAAACCAAAUCAAGAGAGGCAGAUGAUGUCGAGACAGAAAGCCAUGGCUCUCUGAUCGAUACAAACUCUGAUAUCACAACACACACUUCAGCAGAUGAGAGUUAUUUUGCUCAGGUAGAAGAGGAGAGUCUCUCCAGUGAAGCAGUCAACAAAGAAAGUGAUGUGGAAAUAGCAUGUACAGCCACCUCAGUUAUGGAUAAACCUGACGGCGAGACUGGACAGGAAAUGAGCGGAGAGUUUAAAAAUAUUCCCCAGAGUAUGUGUGAAGGCUGUGUUGUUGUGUCGGAGGAGCUAAACUCUCCGACAUGUGAGGAAACACGAGAGGGAGUUCCUGAAUACAACAAUGAGCCAGAUGAAAAUACAACACAGAGGUUCCUGGAGGACGAAGGUUACGAGGAAAUCCAGGGCAGCCCAUUACCAGAAGAGGUGGAGAGCAAAGAGCCGGAGAGCCUUCAAAACAGCGGCUGGAGCGCCGGAGCUGACUGUUUACUGGUGAGGGAGCAUAUGGGAGAGGAACAAGGUGUUAAGAAUAGCUUUGGUUUGGUUGUGGAGGAUCACGCUGAAAUACUGCGGCUCGCUGAUGCUGGAAUGCCACAAGAAACAGAGACACCACUUGUUGAAACAUUAAUUCAAGGAUCCGGACAUUUAGUUGAGGUAGAGGACAGAGAAUUACUAGUUGAUUCAAUGAAGACGGGGAUUGAGGAGGAAACAGAAAAGGAAUCUGAGUCAGACGUCGAAUCAACAAACAAGGACGAUAGGGCAACAGAAGAGCCGCAAGAUGGGACUGAAGAGCUUUUGGUCGAUCUAGAAAAAGACGAAGGAUUAUGUGAUUCCAAAGUAGCUGUUGCUGCUGGAGUCGGCUGGGAGACGACAGGAGCUUUAGCAGCACAGGAAGUGCUCGAAGAUGACACUUUCCCUGAGGCUGAAGUACAGAAGAUGACAGAGACAAGCUACUUUCAGGGAUUGGUCGAUGUCAUGAACUCGGAGCAACACCUGAUGUCUAGUUUACUGGAUGACAUUACUCAAUCUGAAUUCCUGAAACACUCAGAUGAGACUGAGUCUGUAUUACUUGAAGAUGUAGAAAUACAAGAUGCAGGUUAUGCAGUUGAGAUGGAGGCAGCAGCGGAUGAAAUGCAAGGCAGAAAUGAGAUGGAGAUUUUUCAUCUGCAGGCAACUGAAAUGGCUGAAUCUGAAUUGUCUGGACCAGUUGAGUCACUGGAGACAAAAAAUCAACUAUCCGACGAAGUACUUGAGAUAAGCAAUGAGGAGAUGCUACCUGAAGCCCCUGGUGAAUCAAUGACGGCCCAGUCUGAACCACAAGAUUUGAUUUUGAUAUCAACAGAGGAUACAACAAAGCAUGUGACAGAAUCAGGGGGGAGUCACGCUGAGGAAACAGUUAGCUCAAUCAGUGGACGUGCGGAUGUGAUUGAUGAAGAGAUCCUCGACUUGUGGAUACAGACGGCUUCAUCGGAGGACAAUGAUGGCAUACAGCAACAAGAAGGGCCAGAGCCUGGACAACAAACGGAGCCAUCAAAUGAGGAACAAGGUGAAAUAUCAUCAGCACAGACAGAGAAGGAUGAAGAGCAGCUUGUGGAUUUAGUGAGUGACACAGAGAUGUCUUCAUCAACAGUAGAGUCUGGAUUUUUGGACCAGUCUCUUGGUGAAUGGGGCACACAAAGCAAUGAAACCCAGCAACCAAAGUCAACUAGCACCGAGUCAUUCCAAGGAAUUCAUGAGAUGUUGGCAGACAUCUCUGAAUCCUCUACACAACACUCCGAUUUUCUGAUGGAGGAAACCGCUGAGACAGAUCUGAAACAGGAUGAGUCAAUCACUGCGACAAGAUUUCACCCAGAUUCCAAAGUCACGUCACCAGAGAAAGAAGAUCUGAAUGAGGAAUCUGAUAAAUCACAAGAAGAAACCGAGGAAGAAAGAGUUGAAGCACUGGAGACUGAAACUGGAUCGCAGAAAGAGAUCGAUGCUGAGGAGGCAGAAUUAGCAGAGAAAACUGACUGGAAAGACACAGAAGAAGCAGAUGUUCAGUCAGACAAAGCAGAAACUGAAGAUGAGCCUUUAGAAAUGUCUGACUCUCCAGAUGAAAUCAAACACGCUGAAUCGGAACGAUCUGGAAGCAGCUCAGAGGCUUCGUUAGAGGAGGGAGUAGUGUUGACAGAAUCUGGUUCACAGGACGACACCUGCACUGAAUCCGAGAGGUUAUGGAUGUUGCCCUCACUGGACGAACCACAGCCCAGACAAUCAGAGGAUAUUGCUGAAUCAGAAGCUGGGGCUGAGGUGGCAGAACAGCUGACGACAAAGUCUGAAGAUGAAAUGGAGGUGGACACUUUUGUGCUGGACUUUACUGUGCAAAGAUCAAGAAUCGCUGUUAAAAACCCUCGUGUAAGGCCACCCAAGGAUCCCCGCUCCCUUCUGCAUAUGCCCUCAUUGGAUCCCACACCCUCUGUACCUCGGCCAUCCAAAGUCCCUAUAGGUGUACCUCUGGGAGGCAUGGGCAUUGGAAUAAAACUUCCUGGACUUGGUGCUGGUUUUCCUGUUCUAAAGAAGACUCAGCGGGUGGUUAGAGAUGAAAAUAAACCAGAAACCCCCUCAGAGGAGACAAAGCCAGAGGAGAAGAGUGACACUCCCAAACAAGAUGAAGCACCACACAGACCUAAAUGGAUGCCUCCAAAACAUCCAGGAUUUGGAAAUCCACUUAUGUCUGAGCUGAAGAGCAAACUGAAGAAGACCACAAAAGAGUGAGGAGAAGAAGAAGAUAAAUUGUAGCAAAUACUUUGUGUGGAUAUUUCAAUAUAAUAUACAAAUGGCUUUAUUUUUUGGUGUAUUUAUGAAACUGAAUACAGUGAUGACAUUUUCAUUGUGACAGUUAUUUUCUGUAUGUUUUGUAAUAAAGCUUAACUGAAAAAAA